GGAUCGGGGCUGGAGUCGUGUCACCACCCCCUCCCCCGCCACCUACCCCCGGGAUCGGGGCCGGAGCCUCCACUCGCCCCCCCGGGAUCGGGGCCGGAGCCUCCACUCGCCCCCCCGGGAUCGGGGCCGGAGCCCCCCUGGAUCAGGGCCGGAGCCCCCCAGGAUCGGGGCUGGAGCCAGCACUCAUCCCCGGGAUCGGGGCCGGAGCCCCCCAGGAUCGGGGCCGGAGCCAGCACUCAUCCCCGGGAUCGGGGCCGGAGCUUCUCCGGGAUCGGGGCCGGAGCCCCCCAGGAUCGGGGCCGGAGCCUCCACUCAUCCCCGGGAUCGGGGCUGGAGCCCCCCAGGAUCGGGGCCGGAGCCUCCACUCAUCCCCAGGAUCGGGGCUGGAGCCCCCCAGGAUUGGGGCCAGGGCCCCCACUCAUCUCCGGGAUCGGGGCUGGAGCCCCCCAGGAUUGGGGCCAGGGCCCCCACUCAUCCCCGGGAUCGGGGCUGGAGCCCCCCUGGGAUCCAGCCCCUAGGAUCGGGGCCGGAGCCACCGCGGGGUCGAAGCCGGGCCAGGGAACCGGACUGGAGCGUUCCCGCUCGGAUACGGCACGCCCGCCGGCGCAGCGCCAUGCAGCCUUCCCACCGCAGCAGCCACGAACCGCCUCGCGCCCCGGUGACCGGUGCCGCGCAGCGAGGACCGAGGAGGUAGAGCUGCUUCGGCGCCCCGUGCCGCGCCGCUGUCUCCGGCCACCAUGCUGCGGCGCCUGCUCGACCGGCCCUGCACCCUGGCCCUGCUCAUCGGCUUCCAGUUCGCUUUCAUGGCCUACUUCUCGCUGGGCGGCUUCCGCAACCUCACCUCCAUCUUCGGGCGUGAAACCAGCCCCGUCUUCGACUACUCCCGCACCCACGACAUCUACGCCAACCUGAGCCGCCUCCUGCCGCGGGAGCCUCUCCGCAGCGACCCUGCGCAGCCUCUGCCCUACUGCCCCGAGCGCUCGCCCUACCUCAUCGGCCCAUUGACGGUGAGUUUCAGCCGGGUGCCCACGCUAGAGCAGAUCCAGGUGAAGAACCCGGCUGUGAGCGAGGGCGGCCGUUACCAACCCUCCACCUGUGAGUCCCGGUCCCGCACGGCCAUCAUCAUCCCGCACCGCAACCGCGAGACCCACCUGGGCCACCUGCUCUACUACCUGCACCCCUUCCUGCAGCGCCAGCAGCUCCAGUAUGGCAUCUACGUGGUGCACCAGGCGGGAAACUCCACCUUCAACCGAGCCAAGCUGCUGAACGUGGGGGUGAAGGAGGCGCUCAAGGACGAGGAGUGGGACUGUCUCUUUCUCCACGACGUUGACCUCAUCCCCGAGAACGACCACAACCUCUACACGUGCGACCCCUGGAACCCCAAGCACGUCUCCGUUGCCAUGAACAAAUUCGGCUACAGCCUGCCGUACCCACAGUACUUCGGGGGAGUCUCAGCUCUCACCCCCGACCAGUACAUGAAGAUCAACGGUUUCCCCAACGAAUACUGGGGGUGGGGUGGUGAGGACGAUGACAUUGCUACCAGGGUGCGCCUGGCCGGCAUGAAGAUCGCCCGCCCGCCCAUCUCCAUCGGCCACUACAAGAUGGUGAAGCACAAGAGCGACAAGGGCAACGAGGAGAACCCGCACAGGUUUGACCUGCUGAUCCGCACCCAGCGCAUGUGGACGCAGGACGGGAUGAACUCCCUCACGUACACGCUGCUGGCCAAGCACCUGCACCCGCUCUACACCAACCUCACAGUGGACAUCGGGACGGACCCGCGCGCCGGCCAGGGCCGCAAGGGGCUCGCGCCCGGCCACGAGGGGCAGAGGUACCAGAGCAGCUCCAGCCUCUUCAGGCAGGAGAUGCUGCGCAAGCUGCCCCGCGCCACGAUGGGAUGGGGGACCCAGGGGCUGUAUCUGCCCAACGUGCUCGGCCAGGCCUUGGCCCCACGAGUGUCUCCAGGGCCCACGGGCCCCACGCGCCGGCCUGGGAGCGGCGCAGUGGCUAAUAGCACCCAGGGCGAUGCCAACGGAGCGAAAGUCAACGCCCCCCCCCGCACUGGGAGCCAGCCAGCGCAGCCCAGAAGCUUUCAGAAAGGGCAAGUCUGACCCGGACCCUGCACCAGCCGUGGCGGGGGUCGAUGCCAGCUUGGCUGCGGCAAGAGAAGGGGCCGUUCCCACAAAGGGGGGGAACCAGAGCUUGCCGCAGGGCUCCCGCUAGCCGACGGCUGUCACUGGACCCCCCCCCCCCUUAACAAAGACUUGCUUGCUGCGAACCAGCUCUUCCUGGUGUCAAGGAGGGACCCCCCCCCAAAACGAGGGACCCCCGUUUGCCCCGGGGGAAAGCUGCUGGCAACGGGGGCUGGUGCCUGGGACUGCGCAGGGGGAGGUCGAGCUGGCGUCGAAGCCGUGGCGGCUGCCUGGGACUAUUGGGGGGGCGCUGUGCCCCACGCCUCGCCAUGGGGCGACACGCUGCCGGGUGCGUGCAGGCGAACCGGGGCCUGGGAGGCUGGUCUGGCCCCACUCUUCCCGAGGCCUGUGGCCAGGGCGCGCGUGCCUCAAGCCAGUUGCCGGCUCUGCUGCCAGCGUGUGGUUAUUUAUUCUAUUUAUGAGCGGCUCCCUGGACCUUUCUAAGGGUUUUUCAAUUAAAAAAAAAAGAAA